CAUUUUGACAGUUUGUUUACAUCAAAAUAAUGCAUUAAAAGUUGUAUUAUCAAUUAUCCGCCUUCGACGACAAAAGAAAGAAGAAAUUGCGAUUUAAAUCGUUAAUAUGAGUAAAAUCGAACUGUCGGAUAUUGUGAUUGAGGGCUUAAAAAGCCUGAAUACGGUGAUCAAUUCGGAUUUAACGAAGAAAAUCAUAUCAAACGCUGUGAAAAUGGCAUUACAUUCGGACGCAAACAUUCCAUCGAAUCCGGAAAUCUAUGCAACGACUCCAGUGUAUACCAAACAGGCUGAAUACUCUGUGCUUACAUUGAUGUUUUUAGCAAUAAAAUAUGAUUUGGAUAAUGGAAAAUUACGUGAAUUACUCGAACACCAUGGUGUAUCCGAUGUGGCAACGGCCGAAUUAAUAUCGAUUUAUGAGAAAAAUCAAACAUCGCUUCGAAUAAAAAAUCUAACGACUGGCUUAAAUUUGGCGCAUGUAACAAAUGUUGAAUGGAAAUUAACGUGCGAUGUAAAAUCAUCACAAGUCGAUUCAACAACCGGUGCACUGAAUUUUUGCAUUAAUUUAGGUCGAUAUAAGGAAUUGAGCGGUGAAAGAGAAACAAUCACCGAAUUCUUGUGUAAUGCUGAAGAGUUACAAUUCCUAAUUGGUCGUCUCAAAGAAAUUGAACGGCAUUGUGAACGAGUUGGAAUGGGAAAAUAGGCAAAAUUAAAUCGCCAAACUCAGCUUUGAUAUCGACAUUUCUAAAAAAAAAAUAGAAAUUUAUCAAUCAUUGAGUUUAUGUAUAAGAAAUUCCAUGUAAAAAGUCAUUUGUAGCAUUUAAGAAAGAUAUGGAAAUAAUAAAAUCUCAAUUGAAGCAAAA